AACAAAAAGAUAAAAGGCUGUCACUGCGAAAACGCAAUCGAAAAACUUUCGUGUGGCGAGUACCCAAAAAAAGAAACCGAUUUCUAAUAACGAAAAAACUAGUUUUUAUUCAGUGCUUUUGGUAAAACUUAUUCCCGGAAAUGGCAUCUUUGAUUCUCAGAAACGCUUGCCGCCGCACUCUGUUGCAAAGCCAGAACAGCGCUGGACCACUGUUUGCCGUGCGCACCGUUGUGCUGAAGCCCGUCCAGCCGGACAAUCGUCCCGGAGAGUCGCACGAUGACCGCAACGCUCGCCUCCAGCGUCCCCAGUCGCCCCAUCUGACCAUCUACGCCCCGCAGCUGACCAGUAUGCUGUCCAUCACGCAUCGUAUGACUGGCAUGGCUUUGGCCGGGUACGCCACCAUGAUGGGACUGGGAGCGUUGGCUUUGCCUCACGAUGCCACCCACUAUCUGACCAUGCUGGAAGGACUGAGUGCACCCACUCUGAUGGCGCUCAAGUUCACCCUGGCCUAUCCGUUUGCCUUCCACUCGGUCAACGGAGUUCGCCAUCUGUUCUGGGAUAUGGGUAAGUUUUUGACCAUCAAGGAAGUUUACUCGACCGGAUACACCAUGCUACUGGUCUCCGGUGUGGUUGCGGCAGCCCUCACCUUCCUGUAGGAGUCGUGGGAAUUCAGUGGAAGAGGCCCAUUCUCGGCGAGAUUUGCGUAAGUAAUGCUUCAGAAGCCAAUUACCGCACGUACUUUGUCUAAAAACAAUUACCUAUUUAUUUGGAAUUCACAAGUCGGUAUUAAACAUAAAUUAUGAAAACA